UGUCAACACAAAAUCAAUAAUUCUUAUUCGCUAAUAAAUUCGUGAUUUAGAAUUAAUUAACGUUUUCUAUCCGCAAUGCCGGUUGAAAAAAUAAUAUGGUGCACACUAUAGUGCAUUUAAAAUGUAGUUUCAGUGAGGAAUUUGGUGUGUGCAGCCGUUUUAAUUUACUGUAGUUCUCGCAACGCUUGAGCGGCUGUUUAGGCCGGAAAUGUCGGCUCGAUUCGCGUAUUUCUUUUAAAUAAAAACGCAAUGGACUUGUCUCCGGACGAGGAUAACUUCCAAGGGCGUCUGCUGCAUCAGGCUGCUCUCUGGGACAACCUAGAGCUCCUCCAAGAGCUGAUAGCAAGUGGUGCAGGAGUGGACGCCCGCGAUGGUUCCAACCGCAGCGCUCUCCAUGCCGCAGCACUGGCUGAGCGGAGCCGUUGUUUGUCAGCGCUGUGUGCUGCUGGCGCUGAUAUUGAUGCUAAGUCUGAUGAGGCUACUGGAGGGAAGACAGCUCUCCACAUCGCAGCGGAGCGCGGCCACGUGGAGAAUGUCAAGACCCUACUCUCAUCAGGAGCCUGCCUCUCCACCCUGGACGCUCAUGGAAACACGGCUCUCGCACUAGCUGAGAGAAACAGCUGGAGACAUGCUGCUAAUGUCCUCAGGGAGGCUAGAGAUGCGUUAGAAAGAGAGCGUCUGUCACAGCAUGCAGCGCUUCGUGAGCUGGUGUCUCGCGGCGACUGCGUCCAGCUAAAGGCUCGGUUGAGUGCGCUCGGCAACAGCGCUGGACUGAUCGCGAACUUAACGCCUGGUGGAGCUAACACUUUGUUAUAUGUGGCAUCAGAAGCCGGUCUAACUGCAGCUGUCUCCUCACUCCUGGACGCUGGUGCUGAUGGCCGUGCGCAUCCAGUCACCAAGUACUGUCCUCUAUACAUUGCCAGCUACCAUGGACAUGUGGAGAUAGCUAAACUGCUCCUGGUUUCGUUUCCUGAGGCUGUUCAGCAAGAGACUGUUGAGAAAUGGCUCCCUAUACACGCGGCGUGUAUCGGCGGUCACGCUGCGCUGGUCACGCUGCUACUGGAGUACCCAUACCCUGAGUCCGUGCUUACCACUUAUACUGAUCCUACAGGCGAGUGGCAAUGGACAGCCGCCUUUGACGUGAACGCUCGCGACGUAUCAGGGCAGAGCGCUCUGUACGUCGCCUGUACAUUGGGGAACCUGGCAGUAGUGGACGCUCUACUGGCGCAUACUGUACCCGCCACGCCUAACUACACUAGAGAUACUCAGCAGGAACCAGAAGACACUCCUACCCCAGCCAGUCAGGCGCUCAGUCCCCAGCGCGGCGGUAUAUCUCUUGGCAUACACGCUAUCGUCAGCAAACUAACUGGAUCUUCUGCUAAUAAUGACCGUAAUCCCUCCGAGCGUCGUAUACGCCCCGUGAUCGUAGAGGCGGGCCGUGGACGGGACUCGUGCGUGGCGUGCGCGGCACGUGGCGGACACAUACGACUACUGCGGCGACUACUGGCUGCAGGAGCUGAUGCUAAUGCUGAGGCACUGCCCCCCAGUGACCUGAUGAAUAGUGUCGAUAUGUCCCGCGACCGUCGCCGCUCCCGCUCAGCGUCGGCCGCCAUGACAGGUGCGCGUGCUACGUCGGGGCCCUCGCCCGCACGGGGGGGAUAUAAUACUGAUAGAGACAGUCCCUGGACAGCAUUGGCCAUAGCAGCUCGCGCGAAGAACAUCCAAGUGGUAGAACUACUCCUGCAGCAUGGAGCUACCGACCCUCACUGCAGGGCCAUCAGGGAGUGCGCCAGGCAUGGACUCACUGAGCUACUGGCCAAACUGCUGGCUACCAAGGCGUACCCAGACCCGGAUUAUAAAUUAAACAAGUCCACAAUAUCGGAGGCUCUGUUCAGUGACAGGGCGGGGGACUCCACCCUCACGUACUCCGCCCUGUGUCCCUCCACCGCCGUCAUGGUCAACUGGAGGGAACUGAGGGCACAACUUGCUACUAUACGCAUGUCCUGGGUGCGAGCUGCCUGUCUCCGUGUAAACUCCAAGCUCGGCAGUAGUUCAGCCGCGCUGCACGGACUGACGAGGCUGGACGUCUCCAGCAACGACCUCAGGGUGCUGCCGCCUGAACUGUUCACCAUGCUGAGUCUGAGGUACUUAAACGCAGCUCAAAACAAGCUGGAACGUCUUCCCACAUCAGAAGAUCCUUUCGAAGAAGAUCUUGAUACUAAGAAGAAGAAGAAAAAACAGAAGGCCAGGCCCGAGGUAUACUCCGCACCUGUGUUACAAGAAGUCUACUUACAGGACAAUCGCCUAGAAGAGCUCCCAGCCUCGUUAUUCCGUCUCCCAGCACUGACAACCCUGGAUGUCUCGAACAACAAGCUCCGCGCCCUGCCGGCCGCCAUGUGGACAGCUCCGGCACUUAGAGACCUUAACGCUGCUCUAAAUCAUUUGAGGGACCUGCCUACUGGACCUCAGAGUAAUUCAGAAUGCAACAGUCCACAACAACUGGCGUCUCCGUCGGAGACUUCGCCCCAACUCAGCGCUUCGCCCUCCAUUGGAAGCGCGCAGUUCGCUUUAGCUAUGCAAUCAAAAUCAUCAUCAAGAAGUCCAUCAAUAGAGCGCAGUGAAUCGGAGGCUGCUGAUGAUGAUGAGAGCGAUGCGAUUCCCGUGCUAACCAACCGCGCUGGGAAUGCAGUUUGGUCGGAGGCCCGGCGCGCGCACACGUGGCGCGGCGUGGUGGAGGGCGCGGCGCCGGGCGCGGGCCGCGGGGGCUCCGCGCUGGCCGCGCUCAACCUGGCGCACAACCAGUUCACCUGCGUGCCCUGCGCCCUCGCCUGCAGGGCGCCCAACCUCACCCGGCUCAAUAUGGCCUAUAAUUCGCUUCGAUCGAUGUCAUAUGUGACGUCAUAUCCUACAAGUCUACGGCAGUUGGAUCUCAGCCAUAACGAGAUUACGUGCUGGCCCAGUCUACCGCAAGUGGAAAGUUUCGGCUCAACAGAAGGCGAUCCGUUAGCCUGUUUCUGUCCUAACUCCGGCAACAAUGUGAGGUCCAGACCUCGCUCCGGAGGGUCCGUGAGGUCACAACUACUUAGCGCCGCAUGUGUCGCCAGGAGACAUCUUAGGCUGGAGGGACUGAGGACACUGAUCUUAGCCAAUAACCUCCUGACACGUAUCCAGCUGACGACAGACGAUGAUGGACUGUCAUCAGCCGCGCAAGAGGACUCCACCACUGAUGAUGAUGACGAAUGGAACACAGGCUCCCCCCUCAAAGGCCGCCUCCUGUUCCCCCUCCUGUCGAUGCUGGAUGUGUCCUGCAACUUGCUCCGCGGUAUACCGCCAGCUAUACAUGAACUCACCAACCUGUCCGUACUUAACAUCAGUGGGAAUAAAGAUAUAACAGACCUACCCCCACAAAUGGGUCUCCUGUCCCGUCUCUGGAACCUCAACACAGUAGGGUGCACCUUGCAAGAUCCACUGCGCUCCAUGUUACAAUGUGGCCGGUAUAAGAGCAUGGACAUUGUGGGUUACCUUAAAUCCGUCCUCCAGGAAGCGAGGCCGUACACAAGAAUGAAGCUUAUGUUCGUUGGGUUACAGGGUAUCGGCAAGACGAGCUUGUUAGAAUGUUUAAGACAAGAGUCUUCGAUACAACAUCGGAGGAAGCCUACUGAGCACUGGGCAAAACGUAUGGGCAACAAGUCGUCUCGUCGUGGGAAUGUGUCCACUGUUGGAGUAGAUAUUGGCACCUGGGUGUAUGAGAAACAUCGCUCCACGCGGGGACCCAUCACUUUCCGGACCUGGGACUUCGGGGGACAGCAAGAGUACUACGCCACCCACCAGUACUUCCUCUCCCGGAGGUCUCUAUACCUCGUGGUGUGGAGGGUCACUGACGGGAGGAAGGGACUCGCCGGGGCACUUAACUGGCUCAGAUCAAUACAAGCUCGCGCCCCGGGUUCACCUGUCAUCAUGGUAGCUACACAUUAUGAUCAAGUAGCUAACAGCAAUUUACCUGAGAGUGAAAGUCCUGAAGUCCUCCAGCGUCUGAUCAGGUCCUCCAUCAUGGGCGCGCCGGAUGCUGACAAACUUGGACUACCCAGGGUAUUGGAUUCUGUUGAGGUAUCCUGCAGUACUCGUCACAACAUCAGACUGUUAGCUGACAUUAUCUACUCGGUGGCGUUCAGCGUCAAACCGCCAGGCAGUAAGGAGCCUCUCCUAGAGCAGCGUAUCCCAGCGACGUACCUCGCGUUAGAGGAGUGCGUCACCUCCCUCGCUGCCGACCUCCGCGAGCCUGUACUCCGCCAUGAUGAGUAUAGGAAACUGGUAACUCAGUACAUGCAACAGAAGAAUCAUCGCAUGUUCCGCGAUGCAGCGGAACUGCACCAAGCUACUAUGUUCCUACAUGAAAACGGAGUCCUCCUCCACUACGACGACGCGACCCUCAAAGAGUUGUACUUCCUGAAGCCUCAGUGGCUCUGUGAUGUACUGGCACACGUCGUCACUGUCAGGGAGAUCAACCCGUUUGCUAACAAUGGUAUAAUGAAGAUAGAAGAUCUAGCCCACGUGUUCAAGGCCUCUCCCAUGCUAGCCAGAGGAGACGAGGCCAGUUCCCUCGGAGUAUCUUUGCUGAACAAGUUCGAGCUGGCGCUAUGCUGGGACGCGAGACUCCUGCUCGUACCACCGCUGCUACCGCCGCUGGAACCUGCAACUCCACAGCUGCCGGUGCGCUCCCGCUCCUGGUGCAGCUCCAACAGGGGCACCCCCCGCCGCGCCUGGCCCCCGCAACUCACCCCUCUACCCGAUAGUAGGGGGACUGACUCCCCUACUUUAAUACAGGACGGCGCCCCAAAGCUGUGUGUGUCAGGUAGGGGGGGCCGGGCCCUGCGCCGCCUGCUCCUGCUGUCGUACGUGCCGUGCGGGUUCUGGCCCCGGCUGUGUGCCCGGCUCCUGGCUGACCAGCAACUCGCUGAUGCUCCAUACUCACUGUACAAGCUGCCGGCUGAGAUGGAAUUAGAUGAUACUCUAACCAAAGCUUUGGAACUGUCCUGGGGCUGGCGUCUCUGGCGCAGUGGAGCCCGAGUGUCGACUGGAGCUCUAACUAUGUUAGCUCUGAGGGAACUGCCUCCCAGGAGGGAUGCCUUGCUACCAGGACCCGCUGACGAUGAGCCAGUUGAAGAUAUGUAUCAUAAUAUAAGGUUCAGAGUACGUCAAGAAGGAGCAUGGUGCGAGCUGGACGUGCAGUCCUCGGCCUGUGUCGAGAUAUUGUUACCGGCGCAGGUCUGUGUCAUUAGAAGGGAUGACGGGCUGCCCAUCGCCGGGUAUCAGAGUAUCAGCUUGGAACCGAGUCCCGAGGUCCUGGCGAAGGUGCUGGCUCUAGUGUCUGAUCACGUAGACUUACUGCUUGAAGACUGGUAUCCAUCACUCGGCACCCGUUUCGUCCACACGUCGGAAGGUAGAUGCCUGAUCACCCGCGUGGUGCCCUGUCCGGAGUGUCUGCAGCCUGCACCGGCACCGCACCAGGAACAUGACCAUCUCGCACAGGCAUUCAGACGUCUAGAACUAGGUCCAGUGGAACCACGUCGGCUGCGUCUGUCCGAGGAGUCCAGGACUUCUGACGGAGACAGCGGCGUCGGGGCCGAGUCCAACGCGUCUUCCCGCCUGGGUUCAGUAGAAGGCGUAGUGAACAACGAGCCAGCUCCCUACACCCUGGCCACCGCCUGGACAGUGGAGCAGUGCAUCCUGGCCGCUUGCACCAACUCCAGGCUGCACUGUCCACUGCAUAAUGAUAGUCUGGUGCAACUGAGGCUGGUGGCACCUGAUACUCUUCUACUAGACGUAGAAGAACCGAAGAGAGCCCGUUGGGAGCAUAUCCAACGGGGCGCUGUAGCAGGACGGGGGGCCUUCGGGACCGUACUAUCGGCCACGUGGCGGGCCCCGCCGGGGACCCAGGGGCCCACCGAACCUAUACAUGUUGCUCUGAAGGCUCUACAACCUGUACCACCGCCUGCUAACAGUGAUACUGCUGCUCACCAUGCUUAUAAGGCCGCCCUAUCCCGCUGGGAACGUGAGCCGACGGCGGCAGCGUGCCGCGCGUACUGCGGGCUGCGGCAGGAGCUGAGCAUCCUCAGCCAGCUCCGGCACCAGCACGUGCUGCCGCUGCUGGCAGUCUGCGCCGCGCCACUCGCGCUACUGCUCGCACUGGCGCCCGCCGGCGCACUGGACGGAGUGCUCCGUAGCUACCGGUCAAUGGGCGCCCGCUGCGGCCCCCGGCUGGCGCGGGCGCUGGCGCUGCAGGUCGCGCGGGCGCUGGAGUAUCUACAUGCCCGAAGAGUGGUCUACAGGGAUCUCAAGUCUGAAAACGUACUAGUUUGGAAAAUGCCUCGUCCGGGAGAAGAAGUCAACGGCACCGCACUCAACGUACACGUCAAGCUAGGAGAUUACGGUAUUAGUAGGCUGGCUCCACCGUCAGGGACCAAGGGUUUCGGUGGAACGGAAGGCUUCAUGGCGCCUGAGAUCAUGAGGUAUAAUGGCGAGGAAGAGUAUAAUGAGAAGGUCGAUUGUUUUUCAUACGGUAUGCUGUUGUAUGAGAUCGUGACCGUCCGACAGCCAUUUGAAGGCCACGAGGCGGUGAAGGAAGCCAUCUUGGAGGGAGCCAGACCGUCGUUGUCUCCUCGGGACCUGGAGUACCCGUGCUGCAUGCUGGAGUGCAUGCGUCGUUGCUGGGCGGGCGCGCCGGCGCUGCGGCCGUCGGCGGCGGCGCUGGUGAGCGUGGCGGCCGCGCCCGAGUACUGCGCGCUGGCCGACGCCGCGGCCGCCAGGCGCGCCGCCGCCGCCGCCGCCACGCCCGUCAGGAAUGUUAGCGAGGAAGGAGUCCCGGGCUGGGAGAUAUGGUACGGCGGUGGCGAGCCGGAGCGAGCUCACACGCUGCUCACCACUGCCACCAACUUCACGCACCACCACACGGUCCGGGUACCGCCAGACAAAGCCGAGCCGGUAAUGGUGAGCGCUAUAUGUCGGGUCGGUAACAAGAUCUGGUUGGGCGACUCCGCUGGCAGGAUCAUCGUAUAUUCUGCAUCAAGCUGUGCCCAAGAAUGGUCAGUCCGUGUCCAGGAGUCGGUGGGAGGGUCUCCGUCCCCAGUGGCGGCACUGCACCCGCUACACCAGCUACGCAGGGUCGCGCUCGCACUCGCUUGUGGCAGGCUCUUCUUAGUAUCAUCUCGGCGUCCGGAAGCUGAAGGCAGCUUCGUACUGACGGAAUUGGGAACUGCUACUGAACUCUGCUGUCUAACUGCUGUGCCGUCGCCGCAUGGUUGGGAGGUAUGGGCGGGAGGGGACGGCCUGUACUCGUACUCAGUGAACGAGGGCGGCGUGUGCGCGGCGGACGUCCUCCCUGCCUCCCCCCGCGUCACUCUCAUGGCAGCCUCCGACGACGAACCAUUUGUCGUGGUUUAUUGUGAUCCAGGGGUAUGCGUGUACCAAUGGUCGGUGCGUACGAAGGAGCAGUGCGCGAGGCUGGACUGUAGCAAGCUGGUGCCGUGCUCCGAGUCCUUGCAAUCCAUAUCGCUGGAUGAACAUCUAACUGAAGAUAAAUGCAGGGUGACAGCGCUAUGUGCCAUCCGCGGCGAGCUGUACAUAGGCACAGCUUGGGGUUGCAUCAUAGUCGCAGACUCCACCACGCUGCGACCUCUCACCGUAUUCCGACCUUAUGAGGAGGAUGUGAAGUUGAUCGUCCCCCUGCACCCGCAUAGAGAGGACGAGCCUGGAAUGAUAGCUACCUUCGGCCACGGAUACCGACCACUGUUACAGCGGUAUGCGCCACAUAAUUCGAACACGACAAAUACACACAACGGCUACUACUGCCUACUAUGGCGGACUCAGCAUUGGCUGCCGGACUAGACUCAUGCAAGCCCGCCAUUGGACUCAAUAUCAAAGGGAUGCCCGCGGUCAUAGUAAAGCCAUCGAUGGACACGCGUGGAGUAGAUCAAGAAAGAACAAUAUGGAGUUAUUUAUGUUCAAAUAAUUAUUUUUGAUUCUAAUUCUAACAUAAUUCGUGUGCAAUAACAUGAAAUAGUGAAAAGUGGGUGUUACAUUGUACAGUGGCAUUAAGUGCCGUAAUGUGCACCUCUGCCUACCCCUUCGGAGACAAAAAGGUGUGAUGUUAUGUUAUGCAUUUUAAAAAACAUGCCACUUAAAUUUCAAGUUAUUGCGUUUUUUUAACUUCAGCAUAAUAUUUUCGCAUACCAUAGAUGGCGCUCAUAUCGAGUUAUGCUUAUAAUGUUCUUACAUUUUGUUUGGUUGUAGUCUCAUGCCCUAAUUACUACAUGAUAUUAAAAAGUGAACUUCCAAAAAUGGUAUGUACUGUAUGAGUAUUUCUGCUUAGUCCUUUUUUAAGAAAUUAACCGUUCGAUCUUAGGCUUUGAAUCUAUGAACAUUGGAAUGAUGGAAUAACCCCAUCUAUCGUUUCAUUUAUGAACUAAUUUUAUUUAUUUUGUGAUUUUCUGUAAAUUAGGUUGUGUAUG